UCGAGCCAAGGAGAGGUAUUUACAGACUUCCGGCGAACGGUAGCCACUCACUGCUGAGCGGUUUGCUUUGGUUCGGGGGCGGAAUUGAAAUUGUUAAACAAAAAUCGAAACUCAAACACGGGAGCACGACGUUAGCUCUGUGUGCAAGGCGCUUUGUGAAAGUAUUUCCCGUGAAAGUAUUUCGCAUUCUGCAAUUUUCCGCAACUACAAUGGCUGCGCACUUUUUUCGCACUGCAUUUUACGCAACGGCGGCAAGAAAAUCGAUGAGUUUGCCCUUCGCCGGCCGGACAGCCGCAACUUUAGCCGUGGGCCUCUCCUUUGGUGCGCAAAAUAGCCGGGCAGCCGUGCCGUACGAGAAUGCCUACGCGGACAGCUUCUUCGGUGGCUGCCAGAGCCAGGGACUGCUCAAGGUUCCGCCACCGCAGGUCCGUAGGAUCCAGCCAGCGCUGAUCCGGAACUUCUCGAGCCUGCAGUCGGGCCACCAGCAGCAGCCGCAGGCUCCAAGUAGCGCCAUGGCCCCGUCGAAGAAUCGCCGGUACAUAUCCUCGCAGGAUAUUACCAAGAACAUGACGCUGUACACCAGCAACAAGACGCAAAUCGAGGUGGAUCCCAAAACGCUGGCCUUCAAGAAGCCAACCGGCAACCCGUUGGUCCUGAUGAUGGCCUGGCUGAUGGCCAAGCAGAAGCAUCUGAAGAAGUACGCCCAGAUUUACACGGAGAUGGGCUUCGAUGUGGUGGUGGUGCACAUUACGCCCUGGCAGUUGCUCUGGCCGGUCAAGGGAACCCAGGUGGUGGCCGCUGAGACGCUGCGUUUCCUGGAGAACAAUCAGUCGUAUGAGCCGAUCGUGAUGCAUGGCUUCUCCGUGGGUGCCUACCAGCUGGGCGAGAUCAUGCUGCAGAUGUCGCGCGACAUGGACCGCUAUGGCAGCAUCCUGGAGCGCUUCGUGUGCCAGAUCUGGGACAGCGCCGCCGACAUCACCGAGAUCCCGGUGGGCGUGCCCAAAUCGAUUUUCCCCCGGAACGAGCGCAUGCAGAGCGCCCUGCGCAACUACACGCUGUACCACAUGAAGACAUUCCACAACCAGGCCACCAUCCACUACAUGCGCUCCAGCCAGAUGUUCCACUCCACACUGCUCAAGGCCCCGGCGCUGUUCUUCGUCUCCGACAACGAUCCCAUCGGACCGCCGUCCUCCAACCAGGCGGUGCGCGAGAACUGGGAACGGGCGGACAUCAAGGUCACGUUCAAGUGCUGGGAGCGAUCCCAGCAUGCUGCCCACUUGAUGAAACACCGCGACGAGUAUCUGCAGACGCUCUUCCAGCAUCUGGAGACCUGCGGCGUUCUGGAGGCCAUCGGCGUGCCCAAGCGCGCCAAGUUGUAGGCGCCUCUUUCGCAGAGCCGCCUGACGAAUUCGGUGAUAUACAUUUAUUCAAGAAUCAACGCGAUUAUGAUUUUACCCUAGCUGCUAAGACCUAAAGUUUAACGACCUUAAAAAAAAAUUAAAACCAAUGUCCUCUUUGAAUGAUUA